GACACCAUGGCUGAAGGAGAGGGGAGCUGUCAGUGACCUUGACGAGGGCCAAUCAUAAUCCUCUCACCUUGACGAGGGCCAAUCAUAAUCCAGAGUUAAUUGGCACCUCCUGAGGUCAGAGGGCGGGGCUUGGGGCCCCUGUGUCAUGGAUGUUGUCAAACACGAUCUCGUUACCACGGAGAUUGCAGUAAGAAAGGAGCGUGUAGAAAGACAGGAGGGGAGCGAGGGACAGAGGAGUGAUGGAAGGAGAAACCUUGCCUCUCUUUUCUUUCCGCCUCUUCCCCCAUCUCCCCCUCUUCUGCUAAGAGAGACGGACUUGUGUGACGAGCCAGCCGAGGCAGCACAACAGCAGGAGUCGUCCUUACCUUCCCCCCUGGACGACCUGCUCCAGCCCAAAACUGAAGUGCCCCUCCCGCCUCCUUCCCCCUUCUACCUCCCGUCCCCUCCCCCCACCCCCAUCUCCCCGUGGGGCGUUCCAGACGACCCCUUCCGAUCCAGCAGCGUCCCCCCUCCCUGACCGAUCCGACCCCCCCUUCAGCCCCCCCCCUUCCACGCAGGACCCCCUCUCCACCCUCUCCUGGUCCCAGAGCCAGUGGGUCGCCUUCAGCGACGACCUCAUGCCGUUACGGCGCGGGGUGGUGCCGC